CACGCUUUAUCAUUUGAAGGUGUCGAUUUGGGCCUCGAGGAAUCGUGAGGCCUGCUGGUUAGCUGAAUCAUCGGUUGGACCACUACAAACGAGAGCCAUAUAUCCAAAGUCCAAACCUGCUUUGUUUGAUCUAAGCUGAUUGAGCGACAAGGCUGCAAUUCGCCACACAACUAAACGGAUUAACCGUCCUACUCAAAGUUAAAUGCUCCGGGUAAAAUUAAAUUGAUAUCAGUUUUAGUUUAAUCGAACCAACUGGUCGGUUAGCCGACAGACAAUAAUAGGUCAAAACAGCCAAUUGAAACUACAUAAGUUGAAAACAAGUAAAUUAGUCCGAGGUAUAAAUUGACGAGCGCAAUUCAAAACUCGCUAUAAUAUUAUUUUUUUCACCCUUGUUUUUAUUUCACAUCCCUUAGCUCGAUAUAUAUAUACAUUUUAUUUACGGAUAUAAACGAUUCUAUUAUUAUGAACUCGCUAAAAAUGUGAACCGUUAGUCCAUAAUUGUCAACAUUCAAUCCAAUUAUGAAAACAACCUCACUUUCGCCCCCCUCAAUCUCAUUGGUUAAAAGAAAGUCAACCAAGUAAAGUCCAAUGGACCAAACCAUCUCAGCUAAGACUCCCCUUCAUGCGCCCAGGCCCAACUAGAGACAAGCCCAUCCCAUUGUGGGAACACACUUUCCACCCGAUGACCGGGCCGCAAUCCGCUGCUGUCGGGCUCCUUUGUUUUUUCACCUGACCCGCCGUCCCCAAUAACUCUGCGCAUUUAUACGCAGAAAACUUGCCUUACCGACAAUACUCAACAAACCCACUGCCGCUCACUCGCUUCAUCCUGACCGUUGAAUUCCCCGCACUCGGGCUUCGAUCUCGUCCGUCCAAACCAGCAGCCACCGAAACAAAUUACCCCUCAAGUAGUAGUAACUGACACAAUUCCCCUGGCUUUGGUGGUGUCAACUUGUUCGUUGUCUUUCUUUUAUUUCCUAUAUUUUCGUUUUUAUUUUUUAAUUUGAAACUGAUUUGACAGUCGCACUGCUCUCUACUAGUACUACUAGUACCACUGGCACGCGCUUCCCGCGACGUAGUAGUGUGAGAGUUGCCGGUAAUGUAGAGCACGCGCCGCCGCAUGUGUGUGGGGAACGAAGUAGUGGAGGACGGGCAGGGAAGUAGAGUGGGGACGUGGCAGUUGGUGAUUAGUCGUUUGGCUUGGGAAAAAGUCUUGCCCAACUUAAUGGUUUUUUGUUUUCGCCUGUGAACCGUCAUUAGGCAAAAUGCGAGUUACUGUGUACUAUUUUGCGGGAUCCCCACGAUUAAAGCCUUCUCCAUUUUGCUGUUUAGUGAACGAUACUGUACAUAAUAAGCUAUAUUACUACUUCUAAGUCCGGCGGUGUCACGAUACGAUAGUAGCGUGAUCUUGAACCUCCGUAACUUUCUAAAAAUAUUUGUCGAAUGUAUGCGUUUUGAAUAAUUUAGUGUUGUUGUUUUUAUAUUAGUACGAGAAAAAAAGUCGGUUGUGAUUUAACUUAAUCAGUGUUCAAGUCCAAUUGCCUCGGAUUCAUGCAGUACGUACCCGAGGAACUUUUUAGAUUAUAAUUAAAAGACGAGACAACAAAUUAGUGCUAUGGAUUAAGAAGUAAUGUUGGACUCAUAAAACGUAAUUUUGUAUUAGACGACAACCAUGUUACAUUAGCCUUUGAAGAAUCUCUAAAUUGUCACCUAAGCCCAUAAACAAUAUUGAAUAGUGAGAAUCGCGUUUUCAAAAGGUUGGUGGAGUUGGUUCAAUAUUUGAAUGGAAUAAUUAAUUGUGUAUGUAGUGUAGCUAUAGGUUAAUGGAAUCGGUUGUUUUAAAACUAUUGACACAUAUAUUGUGUUUUUUGGUAGGUUGAAAGCGAUCACGCCCGAGACUCAGGUGCGACCGCUAGGUAUUGGUUUUUCAAUAAAAUCCAGAGGCGGCGCCCGAGACUGGGGCAUUGGCGCUUGAUAUAAAGCGACAGCGGCGGCGCCCUAGACAGAGGCGUUGUCGCUGCCUUCUUCUUCCACUCCAGUAUCAUAUAUACUCUACCUUUCCUUCGGUUCUUCACCACCAAAAGAAGUUCCGAAAGAAGCUCUGGUGUUGUUGUCUAGUUGCUGGGAAGAUGACUAAUAAUAGGCAAGAGACGUAUUUAUUUUUGUAAUGUAUAAUUCAAAUGCUAUAAUGAUUUUGUCGAGUUAGUAAUUAGUGAGUUUGUUUUUUAUGUAGUGGUUUUAGAAGAUUUGAACUAGCUGUUCGGUGGAAAUUAGAGAAAGUAGAGGACAAUUUGGGUGUCCAUUUCAUUGGUGGUCUAAGUUUUUAGAUGACUAUUCCAUCUAGGGUGAACUAUUAGAAACUUUGUGAUAAUCUAAUUCGGAGAAAACGACAUAGAGAUGAAGCAGUACAAGAUAGUGUUGUGAUUACAGGUUUCACUUAAUGUCUUCCAGAAUGGCAGAAUGGUGUUUUAUGUCAUUAUGCGAUGCCUAUUGUCGAUGAUGAUAGCUUGAAUGUGUUUUGAAAUUUUAUGCCACAAAACCCUUAUUGUUUGGGUGCUGAGAUACAUGUUGAGCUCAGUGAGGAUCGGGGUGGAGAUGAAGAAGACGACUCAUGGAGCAUGUCAUCCGAUCAUGACUAUGAUGAUGGUGAUGACGGAGAGGAGGAAGAUGAUGAUGAUGAUGAUGAGGAGGAGGAGGAGGAGGAGGAGGAGGAGGAGGAGGAGGAGAAGGAAGGAGAACAACCUAAUUAUCCUCCAUGUUUUUACUUGCAGGGUAAUGAAGAGGACGACGAAUUAUCAUAUGUUGAUUCAUAUGGCGUAAUUCCAAUGCCUAUUGUUGGUGGUUUUGAUGGAGAAUUCUACUAGGGGCAGAUAUUUCACUCGAAACAAGCUGCACGGGUGGCGAUUAAACACUACGCACUACAACGCAACUUUCAGUAUAACGUGGUGGAGUCGUCACCUUCAAUCUGGAAGUUCAGAUGUUUGAAGCACAAGGAGGACAAAUGUCCUUGGAUAGUGCGAUUUGGAUGUCGAGAUGUGGGAGGCGAUUGGACUAUGAGAAAGGCCGAGUUGGUGAAUACUUGUAGCAGUACGACUCAACCGAUGGAUCAUCGCCAUCUUGAGGUCGACGUUAUAUAUGAGUCCGUGAAACACUUGGUACGUGCCCAACCAAAUCUGAGUGUUCUAACUGUGC